AUGGGCACAGGCAACACGGCAGCCUCGAGCAGAAAGCGGAAGCAAGUCGAUGAUGAACCAACUGUUUCAGAUACCAAACAAGUAGCUACAUCCUCAAAGAAGUCCAAGAAGGAUGAGUUAGCCCUGGCCACGGACGAAAAGCGACUCCGCAGAUUCCGUGACAAAGCUCCCCAAGCAUUUGCUGUCAUCUACGAACGAGCCACAACUCAACGAUUCUUUGUCCUCUCGCGUAGACGCAUACCCGUAUGGGACAGCUUGGAAGGCUUCGAAGAGGAGGUGGAAAUUGCAGGUUCGACAGGCAAUAUCUACACCGUGACAAUUGCCCGACAGCCGACAUGCACCUGCCCCAUGGGUGAGAAGAACGAGCAGUGCAAGCACAUCAUUUACGUCCUGGCCCGAGUACUGCGUGCCAAGUACGAAUAUGUCUAUCAACUGGCACUGCUAAGCUGCGAGCUCCAAGACAUCUUUAGCAAUGCCCCUCCGAUCGUGGAAGACGGUGAUAGUCUCACGACAGGCGAAGGAGACAAGAGGAGGAAGCCGAUUGAAGGGGAUUGCCCCAUCUGUUUUAACGAGAUGGAGGUACACAAGCCCGAGCAAAUUGUUUGGUGCCGGGCGGCAUGCGGCCAGAACGUUCACAAGGAGUGCUUCGAGAUGUGGGCGGCUACAAAACGGAAGCAGGCUGGUGGAUCCAAGGCCGACGUCACUUGCCCGUACUGCAGGAGUGUCUGGGAAGGCGAUGAUGACUUGAUCAAGAUGAUCAAGAAGGGGAGGCCAACCUCGGAAGGAUACGUGAAUGUUGCUGACCAGUUGGGGAUUAGCCAACAUGAUAUAGGAGAGACCGGUUCUCAAGGUCGCACCAUGUUCUUCCCGAUAAAGUCCUUCAUUCGCGCAGUCAGGUUAACGAUGCGCGCCGCAUCGGUUACUUUCUCUUUUGUUAUCUCUGCAAUAACCAGCGUACUGGAUUUCGAUUGUCGUGAGGACACUGCCUACCACCAAGCAGUCGAUUACGUCCUCCAAGCAUUCCUCAAUAUGGAUUUGGACACAUUCGAACUCACUCACGUGGACACUGACGCCAACCUUGACGUCGGCCUUGGGUUCUACCUUUUGGUAUCCGUCACCGUUGCCGUGUUUGGGGGCAUUUUUUUCUUUUUGGCACGGUGGAAGUUUGGAGACCCGGGAUAUCAAGAAGAACUGCGUGGCUGCCCAAAUCUGCCUUCUCUUUUCAGAGGUGUCCACACCAGGUUCUUGAGACGAGGGUUUAUUGGUUGA